GCCCGGUUUCGUAGUCGGCCUCUCAGCACUGGAAGAAAAAGAAUUAUAACGUCGUCGUAUUUGGCAUUGUUGUGGUCAGUUCCUCGCUGACGAUUCGAGACUCCGCUCCGGCUGAAAUUCAAGCAUUCCUCUUCUGGUGCAGAAUAAUGGCAAAGUCUUGCAGUGGCCUAGCAGAUGAGCUAGUCAAGUGUCUUAGUGAGUGUGAUUGCAUUAAGGUUGAGAAGCGGUCGAUCCGGGAAUGUGCCGGAGAGAAGAGCCCAUCAAUAUCAAGCGAAUGUAUCGGUCUGAGGGAAACAUAUUUCAAUUGCAAGAGAGGCCAGGUUGACAUGAGAAAUAGGAUUCGCGGGAACAAAGGCUAUUGAUUUGUGGGAUUGCUUUGAGAUGGGAAUCUUCCAGUCGGCACCUUUUAACUGCUGUUCAGGUGUUAAGUUCUUUGUAACGUGCUUCACCAAUUCCCCCUCGUUUCUAUUUACAGAACAUUGUUGGUGUGCUCCUCCAAACGUUAGGGUAGCUGGUGCUAAGAACAGGCCCAGUUGAAGUUGAUUAUGUAAUACAUCUUUUGUUUCUGGUCUAUGUAGCCGUGUGAACGAUCUUGUGAAGUAAAGGUAGGAAAACCUUCUAGAAUGAUUUUUGUUUCCACUUGCUGUGAAAAGUAAAUUUUGAAUUAGAUAUUGGCGUAUGUAUGCUUUUUAGUUUUGAUGUGCAGGCUGCUAAAGGUGGCUUGCGAACUGGGAUCAAAUAUGGUAACAGUAGAAUUGGGAUUCAUGUGGUGCCGAACUUGCAACGUAACCCAUGUAUUGGUCGUUGGAGCAUUCCGGUGGUGUUUACCGUUGGUUUGUGUUUCACAGUACAAAUGGGGGAGUUACGCAGAGCCCUCGAAGGCUAUAGUCCAGACAACAGCUUAUGCGACCGUGUCUACGUUUUGCAUCCAAUUCAAAGCUUUACUCUACGCAACAGAACAACACAGACUACAAGCUCACAUAAGACAAAGCCCAAUAUUGACUAGCUUCCGUCUUUCCAAGCAAAAGUGACAUGUGUUUUCCAAGUUUCAACCUGCCGAGGGAAAAGUCCUAAUUCCUCCCGAAACGGACGGUUCAUAAUUUUCGUUUUCGUGUUCCAAUUGGUUGAACCCACACGCAGGACACCUCGUGAAGAUGGUUAAUAUCAUUAGGUUUGAU